ACAUCAAAAGUUCCUGCUUUUAGUGUCUUAAGGCUUUCCUUCCUCUUCCAGAAAAUGCUGGGACAGAAGAGAUGAGUACUCCCUUUACUAAGGCCUAAAACUGCCUGUUGAAAAACAAUCCUGACCAGGCAAUAUACGAAUGGCCCAAGGAAGCCAGCAAAUUGAUAUUCAGGUUUUACAUGACCUGCGACAGAAGUUUCCUGAGGUACCUGAAGGUGUUGUAUCCAGAUGCAUGUUACAGGAUGCCAACAUUUUAAACUCAAUUGGGACAUGGGCAGAGCUAACAUGAGGGGUAUUGUUUUGCUGGAAUAUGCUCAGUUCUGCCAUCAACCGAUUCUCUGAUCUGUAAAGAGCUAGAAGCGGUUGAAACUCUGCCUCUGCCAGCCAGAAGAUGCCAGGGGUUCCAUGUGCCCCCGUUUCCCCUUUGUGUGAUCCAGUUUGCUCAUUGAUGUCACUGAAAUUUUGGAAUUGAUUUGAUGCAGUCUUAAAAAAAAAUAAAAAUAGAAAAAGUUGUCCAAAGAAAUGCAUUCAAGCUGAAUAAUAACAAUAAUUUGGAUGCCUGUUGUGCAGUUCUCUCUCAGGAGAGCACGAAGUAUCUCUACGGUGAAGGAGACCUAAGUUUUUCUGAUGAUUCUGGGAUUCCUGGACUACGAAAUCACAUGACAUCUCUUAAUUUGGAUUUGCAGUCACAGAAUGUGUAUCACCAUGGAAGAGAAGGAAGUAGAAUGAAUGGAAGUAGGACUCUAGCUCACAGCAUUAGUGAUGGACACAUUCAAACCAACCAGUCCAACAAUGAACUGUUUCAGCAGGAGCCACAGACAGCACCUGCGCAGGUUCCACAAGGAUUUAAUGUCUUUGGGAUGGCUAAUACAGUUAGUACUUCUAAUCCAGGACACCAUCUUGGAUUUCACCUAGGCAGCAAAGGAGUAUCUAACUUGUCUCAACAGACACCCAGAUUCAAUCCCAUUAUGGUAACUUUAGCCCCAAAUAUUCAGCCUGGUCGCAAUACCCCUACGUCUUUGCACAUACAUGGUGUACCUCCUCCUGUACUUAACAGUCCACAGGGAAAUUCUAUCUAUAUUAGGCCUUAUAUCACAGCUCCUAGUACCGCUCGACAGACACAGCAGCAGCCAGGCUGGGCAUCUCAGUUUAAUCCCGUGCACCCUCAGCAAGUCUACCAGCCUUCACAGCCAAGUCCCUGGACUACUCUUCCUACAUCCAGUACUACGCCACAUACCUCAUCGCAACACUCAACGCAGUCAAAUCAGCAAGGCCACCAGACUUCUCAUGUCUAUAUGCCUAUCAGUUCUCCUACUACUCCACAAGCACCUAUGAUUCACUCAUCUGGUAGCUCACAAUCCUCUGCUCAUAGCCAAUACAACAUUCAGAAUAUAUCCACAGGACCUCGCAAAAACCAAAUUGAAAUCAAACUUGAACCACCACAAAGAAAUAGUUCUUCUAAGUUGCGUUCAACUGGCGCUCGCACCUCCACUACUCCCUCUUCCCUCAACAGCCAGACAUUAAGUAGAAGUCAACCCACUGUUUACAUAUCGGCCAGUCCUCCAAAUACUGAUGAAGUGAUCACACGCAGUCAGCCCAAGGUCUACAUUUCAGCAAAUGCCACAACAGGAGAUGAUCAAGUUGUGCGGAACCAGCCCACUCUUUUCAUAUCAACAAAUCCUGGAGUAUCUGCUGCUUCUAGGAAUAUGUCUGGUCAAGUAAGCAUGGGUCCUGCAUUUAUUCAUCACCAUCCACCCAAGAGUCGAGCAGUGGGCAACAGCACCACUGCAACCUCUCCUCGAGUGGUGGUUACGCAGCCUAACACAAAAUAUACUUUUAAAAUUACAGUUUCUCCAAAUAAGCCCCCUGCAGUUUCUCCAGGGGUUGUGUCCCCAACCUUUGAACCUACAAACCUUCUAAACCUUCCUGAUCACUAUGUUGAACCAGAGGGUAUCCAGCAUCUUGCUGACCCUGUUUUAGCGCAUGUGGAUAGGAUCAGUGAUGCACGGAAAUUGAGUAUGGGAUCUGAUGAUGCUGCCUACACGCAAGCUUUACUGGUACACCAGAAGGCCAGGAUGGAGCGACUUCAGCGAGAACUUGAGAUUCAAAAGAAAAAGUUGGAUAAACUAAAAUCAGAGGUCAAUGAAAUGGAGAAUAAUCUAACACGAAGGCGCCUGAAAAGAUCGAAUUCUGUAUCGCAGAUUCCAUCACUGGAAGAAAUGCAACAGUUACGAAGUUGUAACAGACAGCUGCAGAUAGACAUAGAUUGCCUAACCAAAGAGAUUGAUCUUUUUCAAGCAAGAGGACCACAUUUUAAUCCCAGUGCUAUUCAUAAUUUUUACGAUAAUAUUGGAUUUCUUGGUCCGGUUCCACCAAAACCCAAAGAUCAGAGGUCCAUUGUGAAAACACCAAAGACUGUUCCAGACACAGAUGAAGAUGAGGGAGCUCAGUGGAGUUGUACUGCCUGUACUUUUUUAAAUCAUCCAGCCUUAAAUCGCUGUGAACAGUGUGAAAUGCCCAGGCAUUUCUGAGCCAACAGGCUCAUUACUUUCUGUAAAACCAUAGCAAAUGUUACAAGGAUCUAUCCAGUCAUUGGGGGGAGG